GAUGCACGAGUGUAGUGGAGCAUCCCCCCACAUUAACCGCAUCAUUUUCUUCUCCCUUGUUUGCUUCCUUAUAUUAAUAAUCCUUUUUAUUGUUACAAAGCAUACUUUAAUUAUUCUAUUAUAAUAUCUCCUUCUUCCCUUAAACCUCACUCAAUCCUCUUUUCCUCCCUCUAAUUUCUUUCUUUUUUUUUUUAAUUAUUGAAAUAAUAUUAUUUUUAUAAUAGGAUUUUGUCCUAGCUUUUUUGCUCUUUGUUUUUGCUUUUUGGUGUGGUAUAUAUAUGCAUGUCUUACACAAGUGGACAUGUAUUCAAAUUUCAAGGGUUUUUGCAAUCAAAUUCUAAAAGGAAACAGAAAGCUGGCAUAAGUAAUUUCCUAGGAAAUUCUUGAUAUUUUUCAACUAGAAAAACAUUAGAAAAAUGGAGAAAGCAGGUCAAAAUCUAAGUUGGAAGAAGAGCAAAAUAAAUGGUUUAGGAGAAGUAGAAGGUUUAGAAGAAGAGCUAAAACAAGCUAAAUCACUACCAUUAGUUGUUCAACCACAAACACCGAAAGAGCCAAUGGAAUUCUUGUCAAGAUCAUGGAGUGUAUCAGCUGAAGAAAUUUCAAAGGCACUUGCUAAUAAACACAAGCAUUUUCUACUUGAUAAGCAUCUCAUUGACAGCCCUUCUUUCAUUUCAGAACCAUCACUCAGUUCACCUCCUCAUAUUGUUGAUAAAUCGAAGAAUAAUCCUAACCACCGGCGAAUGGGGGGUAUAGGAAAGUGGUUUCAUCACCACAAGGACUCGAAAUCAAAUCUCAACUCGUUUAGGAAAAAGGACAGGGCAAGAGCAGAGAAUGCCCAUAUGCACGCUGCGCUCUCAAUUGCAGGCCUAGCAGCAGCACUUGCUGCUGUUGCGGCGCCUGAUGAUUCCUCAUCAGUCUCCAAAAUGAGCAGGGCAAUUGCAUCAGCUACUGAGCUCUUAGCAUCCCAUUGCAUUGAGAUUGCUGAGCAGGCAGGAGCUGAUCAUGAUCGUGUCGCAUCAGCUGUCAGAUCAGCUGUUGAUAUUCAGAGCCCUGGUGAUCUGAUGACUCUGACAGCAGCUGCUGCAACUGCAUUAAGAGCAGAAGCAGCAUUAAGGUCAAGGUUGCCAAAAGAUGCAAAGCGGAAUGCUGCUAUCAGUCCCUACGAUAAAGGAUUAGGCGAUGCCAAUAGCGUCGAUCCUUACCACAGUGAAACCGAAGAGCCAAAAUUCCCCUGCAUUGGUGAACUAAUGCAGCACUCAAAGAAAGGCGGGUUAAGAUGGAAGCAAGUCACAGUUUACAUCAACAAAAAAUCUCAGGUCAUACUUAAAUUAAAAAGCAAGCAUGUAGGAGGUGCUUUCUCAAAGAAGGACAAAUGUCUAGUCUAUGAAGUUUGUGAUCAGAUCUCAACAUGGCCCUUCAGAAAAGAAAGGGAAAAUUUAGAGGCUUAUUUUGGACUUAAGACAGCACAAGGGUUUUUGGAGUUCAAGUGCAAGAACAAAGUCCACAAGCAGCAAUGGGUUGAUGGGAUUCAAAGUAUGCUAGAUAAAGUAUGUUGUAUUGAAGACAUUGACAGCUCGUUGCAGCGUAUUAAUGUCAAAUAAGAAUUCUUAGUUGAUUUUCUGUAUGUGCAUAAAGAUCAGGGAUUUUGGUAAUAUGAUGGAACCUAAUGUUACAUAUUACUGAUAGAGAAAGGGGGAGGGUUAAGGGUGGCAUAUUGUACUGAAAUAACUGAAAUGUACUUGGUACAGUACCAACAGCCACAGGCAAUGUUCAAAGGAACUAUGUAAAUCAGUUAUAAAUGCUUUUUCUC